CUUAUAUUAUUUUAAAGUGUAAAAUAAUGGAGAAACUACCACAGCUAGUUAAGAAAGCAAGCCACGGAGGUUUAGGGGAUGAUAAAAUGGGAACAUUUUUCAACACAUUGUCGAAAGUACCUGAGGAAAGGAGUAAAUAAAGAGAUGAUUGAGAUCAUUCCUAGGAUCAGGUCUAUCAAGUUCUUUCAGGAGAAAGAAAGUAGCGACGACUUUACAAUAGAUCCUGAGAUUUAUUACCUCGAUAUCAUUAAGCGGCUCAAGCUUGAAUUUAUUCCUCGAGGGGAGAUCGUGUUUGACAUGGGUUCCAUCGGAGAUAAAUUUUAUAUCAUUCUCAAAGGCAUGGUUAGCAUAUUGGUCCCAGGAAAAAGAGCUAUGGCAAAGAAAUCUACCUCUCAAGGGGGCAAUGAGAAGGAUGAGUUUUACUUCUGCUCGGACAAGGUUAAGGAUAAAAUCUCUGGAUUCUUCGAAUUUAUUGCGCUUGAUGAUGGAAAGAGCUUUGGAGAAAUGGCUCUCAUGAAUAAUAAGCCCAGAGGAGCUACAAUUUUAUGAAAGCAGGACACAUAUUUCGCAGUGAUGGAUCGGGAGGAUUUCCGUGGAACUCUCAUGAAGUUAGAAGAGAAGGUCCAAGAUACCUACAUUCACUUCCUUCAGGGUACAGCCUUGUUCAGAUCAUGGGGUCAUUCGGUGUUAUAUAAACUAUUAUUUGCCAUUGAAAAGACUACGUUUAAAAGAGGAGAUAAGAUUUACAAACAAGAUGAUCCUGCCAAUACCUUCUACAUAGUCUAUGAGGGCGAGUUUACGAUGCAUAAAUAAAGUAGAGAUCAACCAAGAGUACGACCCAAUGUUCACUUCUCAUCCAAAUCGUGUCUGACAAGAAUGUAAAUAUCCAUGCUCUAUUUAUAAAAAGGAAGGACUUGAGCACUUCGAAAGUAGACGGAAGAGCCCAAAUUAUCAUCCUAAGGUGAAAUCUACAGCAGAGAGUGUUGUGCUGAUCAUGCAGAAAGGCCAGAUUUUCGGUCUUGAGGAUUCCUUUACAGAGGACCCCAAGAAGAACACUCUCAAGAAGUACUACAAGCACAGUGUGAUUUGAAAAUCUGCUAAAGCACGCUUGCUUGUUUUCAAUAAGAAAAAUACCUUUAACAAGAUAAUAUAUAAUGAACACAGUCUGAAGUUCAUCAGGUUCGUCUUGAGCGGGAAAAAGACCAAAGAAAAGAUGAGGAAGAUCCAAGUUAAAAGAAUUUUCGCUGGAGGCAGCACUCUAGGAAGAAAACAACAGCCAAUGAAAGCCUUCAAAAAUGAUUUCGUCAAAAAGAAUGUUAUGCUGGAUAAAUCCGAAGGAGAUAUGCGAGAAAUCAUUAAAGAAGUUGCUUCAGGCUAUCCUAAGUUCCUCAGCAAGGCCUUUGGAGCUCCAGAUUUUAUGAUCAAAAGGGAGAAAAUACUCUACCAAUUUCUGAAGAUGGAGAAUAGUAAUCAUUCAACACGAGUGAAUAGCCCUCCAAGAAUAAAGGAGAUUGUUACUUCUCGUAACUGAGCGAAGAUCAUCAGGAUUUUCGAUGAGGAGUAUAAAUAAGAACAGGCAGUUCCUGGAUGACAAGUUCUUUAUCACAAAAUUAGGAGAUCCCAAAAUAAAAUAAAAUUAUAUCUGAGAAUUACAAAAUUAUUAAACUCUUUUACUCGGAGUGUGAGAAAUAUAUGACAAACCUGAAAAAGUCCCGGAAUAUAGAUAAUUUCCUGAAGGAUCCAGAGAGGGUGAUUGUCUCUUUGUCUCCUCUGCCACACGCCAAGUCACCUUUUGAAAAUAAUAGGAAGAUUAACCUGAAUUAUAGAUGCAAUAGCAAUGGCCAGACUCUUGGGAGGUAUAAAAACACUAAGCUCAGAAAAGAAGUCAUGAAGGCCAUGAAGAUAACUCCUUCCAAGCUUCCACAGAAAGAGACGCUUGUUAGAGCUAAUACCAAAGAGGAGAUAAGGAAGAAUAGGAAGGCAGAGUCUUCUCUGGGUGUCCAAUCUCCUCCCAGGAACUCUACCAUAAAACGGUGGCAUACUAAAUCUAUCACUCUUUUUGAUGAGAAGCAUGGGAUAAACUCGACCAAGCAUAGCACAAAUGCUAGCUAUGCCCAGAAGAUUUUUGAUAUUAAUAAAUCUAUCAGUCCUAAGAUGAGGAUGAUCAUGAGUAAAAAUAAUACUAAAUUAGUGAAGAAUGAGACUUCCUUCCAUAAUUACAGCAGGAAGGAUCUCACAGAUAGCAUUAUGAGCGGAAAUAGUACUCUAGAGGAUACUUCAAUUAAGCUUUCAUCCAAGGAAUCUAUCCUACAGAUUGAGAAGAAUUACGUCCAUGACAAGAUCUCCACUCGACUCAAAAGGCAAAGAUGGAAGCCUAAGAAACAGACUUCAUUUAUCAGGCAUGAAUUUUAGGCGUAAAAUUUCUAUAAUC